UGAUGCUUAGUUAGUUGGUCGGUGGAGAAAGACAACGGGAGAAUAACGGGAACUGGUGGGUCUGUUUUGGAAAUCGAAUCAAAAGAGAGAAAUAAAACGUGGAUACAAUCAGACUGGGAUCUUCUGCUUCCAUUUCCUGGCAUCUGCCGAGAUACAGGGCCAGCCGGUGGAAAACUGGAACGAAAGAAGACGCGGAGAGACGGGGAUGAAGAUGCUCUGCGUGUUCCUCGAGGACAUCCUGAUCCACCAUUAGCUCGAUUUACACUUCAGCUGGUGUUGCAUCCUUUUUAUUUACCUCUUUGCUCUGUCUUCUUAACUUGCUAAACGUAUUGGCAUCUUGGCAGAACACCGACGCUCACGCCCACUUUUGAUACACACCGACAGCCAAUCAUGGCAAACAUGUGCCCGUAUGGCCGCUUCACCCACGCCGUGGUGCGGGGCAUCCCCGAGACCUUUGGGAAAGCGGCGGGAGACGUCCGUGAGAACGGGGAGACCUCGGUGGAGCUGGCCAAAGCUCAGCGUCAGUUCGGUUGCCUGACGGGAGCCCUGAGACAGAAGGUGGGCCUGCAGCUGAUCGAGAUCCCCCCCGACCCCGAGCUGCCGGAGAGCUGGAGGAUCGAGGACGUGGCGGUCAUCCAGGGGGACACGGCGCUCAUCACCAGGCCCUUCAAACAGCAGAGACGCAGCGAGAUGGAGGCAGUGAGGAGGGUGGUGUCGGAGCUGAGGCUGACUGUGGUGGAGAUGGGGGCCGAGGAGGGGGAUACCGGAGGGGCCACGCUGGAGGGCAGCGACGUCCUCUUCACGGGGAGGGAGUUCUUUGUCGGCAUCUCGUCCCACACCAACCACAGAGGGGCGGAAGUACUGGCGGACACUUUCAGGGACUUUGCUGUAUCCACUGUCCCCGUCUGUGGUGGCGUCCGACUGAGAAACAUCUGCUCCAUGGGAGGCCCAGACACCAUCAUCAUCAGCAACAGUGACGGGGCCAAGAAGACACUCCGGAUGAUGGAGCAGCUCACUGAUCACCACUAUGAAGUGCUCACCGUUCCAGAGGACUCAGCAGCAAACUGCAUCUACAUCAAAGGUCCGUCGAAAGUGGACUUCCUGCUGCACCGGCCCGCCGAGGAAUGUCCCGACAGCGUCUCCGCUUUCCAGAAGCUUCAGGACUACACCCUCUUGCCGACAGCCUGCAGCGAGGCAUCCAAACUGGGAGCGUCUCUGUCCUCGCUCUGCCUCCUCAUCAACAGAAAGCACACACAUUUCUGAACUGCUUUCCAUUCGCGUGCACAUGUUCACGGUGGGGGGGAUAGGGGACGUUAUACCUUCUACAAUGUACAAUUCUUGUCUAUUUAUUUCAAGGGGAAACGGUGAUAUCUGAACAAGAAUAUGAUCCAACUGUAAUCUGCUACCAGACUUAAUGAGCCGAUUCUUGCACCCCUGAACAAAUGGGGAAGCAGGCAACUAAAUUAAACUGUAGCGUCUGCAGACUGAGGUACUGACUUUAUUCCAAAUUGCACAUUUGUUCGAAGUACAAUGUAGCCUGAAAUUCAGUAUUCCAGUACCACAAUAAUGGAACCUAAUAUACCAGAUUAAGUAAUUGACAAUCCCAACAUGAUAGAAAAAUGUAGUUUACUAAACCUUCAACUUCCUUCAAAGAACAAAUAAUACUUUCAGAGUUGUGACUGCAUCUUUUGACGACAUGUAUUUCAAUAGUUUUCGUAUGCCGUUUUACUGACACCCACAUCAUGUGCUGCUAUGAAUAAACUAGUUAAAAAUG